GCGCCCGGAUUAGCACACUUGACUGUAUGUUUUUUAAAAUACGGGUGAUUAAUACAAUUUUGAAAAAGUAUUUUAUUUAAAGAUCAAUCGGUCUUAUUCGUCAAUGAAGGGUUAAUGCGAAUGGCAGUUAUGGUAUUUUUAAAUUUGUUUAAGUUAAAAUUUUUAUUUAAUAUUCAAAGGCAAAUCCACAAUAGUAAUUCAUUAAAGUUAUUAAGGACUAUAUUUGCACUAAAAAACAGAAAAGAUAUGAGGAAGAGAGAGAGAAUAAGAAUUAAGCGAUGGCCAAUUCAUUAUUGGUCGUGUGUAACAAAAGUGCAUCUGUCUCGUUGAGUAUCAAAAGCGUGCAGCUGCCGCAUUAUCCGGCAAAAUUCAGAGGGGCUCUGUGCAGUUGGUGCCUCUGCCGUAACCCUCCUUCGCCCUGUGUUCACGAUUCUCUGGCCCUCCGUGGCUGAGUUUCUGGGUGAAAGAAAGAGGGACACCGCAUGAACCAUCUGACUUUGUUCACCUAAGUCAGUCGUGUUCUUGUGCUGCACGGAACGCCUGGCCAGAGAGUCUUUUUUUUUGGGUGGGCUUAAGAAGCUAAAAUAAAUUAGAUGGCAACAAAAGUGGUGAAGAAUCUGAAGAGAUCACACUCAGUUGAGGAUAUUUGUGAGGCAAAAGUGCCCAAAGAGGAUGAUGAACCCAGUGAAAGACGUGAGAUAUCACGAAGUGUUUUUCUGCGUGAAGCACUGAAGAAGAUUGAACUUAUUCAGACCAUCAUUUCUCAUGGGACGUCCGACGAUGAAGCUCAUUCUGGGGAUGAUUCAUUCACAGACUCUGAAGAUGACCAGUCCAGUGAGAUUGACGGAGAGAUAAAUAGCUCUUCCGUGGAUGCUGAAUCACUGGGUUUUGCCAUGUGCGCCAGAGAAACCAUCUCAUUUCUCAUCAAUGAAGGCUUCCCGGCCGACAGUAAUUUCAUUCGUGCACUGAAGGACCGUCUUGUUGGCCGAAUGCACGGUCUCCCCUUUUAAUCUUCAUCUGUGGAUGUUACUCAUCCCCGGAAAAAAGAAACAUACACUGUAUAUGUUUCAAUCAACCAAAAAGUAAUCGACAAAAAGUGAGGAUAAAACCUACUGAAAGGGAUGUGUUAACCCUUUGAAAAGAGAUCCUCUCUAAAAAAAAUAUAUUCUAGUCAUUUUACAUGGUAGAUAAGGCAGAGAUAAUAAAGAGGAUAUGUUAGUACUUAAGUAAUUGUAAAACUUCAUGUAAAAUUCCACAAUGUGCUACACUGAGAAAAUAAAUCGUAAAAAUUCAAAAAA